AUAGGAUGCCAAUUGCUUUUCAAUGAAUUACAUAUGUUUUAUUAUUGUCGCGCGUGUGUAACAACUUACAGUAAAUAUAGGUUUAUGCUUUCGGUUUCACUAUUGUUCGCUUUGACGCAUGUAGGCUACCUCAUGAUCGGUUUAAAUAGUAGUUAGACAGCCCUAUGGAUUUUAUUUAGCCUGCCGUAGCCUAAUAGCCCUCUUCAACUUCGGUGUUGUUACCUGUGAGGGUUUACUUUCUGUCUUUUAACAGUUGCGAUGGCCGACCAUGCCAGUCCCUAUGUUCCGACCACAACAGCGGUUCCAAAAUCGAGCACAUUUGGAUAUUUGAAGCUUCCUGGAUUUGUUUUUAAACUCAUAGAACUGGUCCUCUCAUUUGUAGCCUUUGUCCUGGAGGAGGUGGUGACUACCUGUAACGCUUGUAGCCACCUCUAUUUCUUUGAGUUUGUCAGCUGCACAGCCUUCCUCUUCACCCUUCUACUCCUCAUCCUCCUUGCCACCCCACUGUACGAGAAAGUGGGCUUCAGUCAAUGGGACCCCCUGGACUUUGUAUAUACAGUCGGGAUUGCCCUUUUGUUUAUAAUUGCUUCUGCCGUCUUCCUCUCUGACAACGGUGGUAGUGAAUUGGAGAAAGCAGCUGGGGUGUUUGGUAUCAUUGCCUCAUUGGUAUUCUUUGCAAACGCUGCAUACCUCUACAAGGUAAAAGGAAAAGGAGUGAUCCCCUGCACGACAAGCCGGACUGAGACAAUCCAGCAUCCCCAAGACCAACAGCCCCCAGGUGCUGUCGGUCCUGAGAGUGAGAAACUCACCAAUGGGCAAGGCGUAUGAUGGACAACAACAGUCUGUCGCCGGCAUGAUUUGACUCAUUUUUGACGUACAGUAAGUCAGUCUUUGCAAAGACACACUUACUGUAAUUCCCAAGACAAAACGUUUUUAAUCCAGUUUUGCAUUUUGGAUCUCAAAUUGUUUAAAAGAAGCAUCAAAAUAAGAAUGUGCCAAAGAUUGUGUGUGCUUUUGGCUAAGAAUUCAUCUAUAAAUUAGGACAUAAAAUAUGUCAGUCAUUAAAAAUGCAUUUUUAUAUGAAUAACAUAACAUGUUUUUCCCCUGUAUUUUGGACAUUCUAAGCAUCGUACUGCAUUUCAGGUGUUUUAGGUAAUUUGUUUAAAUGUUGUCAGGGUCUGAAAGGACAAAAAACAAAUGCAAUUAAAUGUAUGAAACAGAGAAGGAAGAUGCAUAGAUUACACAGGAAAUCUUCUAAUCAUUCACUUUGAAGUAUAUCAUUGUCUUUAUUUUCCUUUUUGCAUUUGAUGCAAUCAUGUUAUCAUAGUCAUUUGAUGCAAUCCUGUUAUCACUUAACAUUUUUACCCAAAAUUAUGAGAUUCCAUACAUCCACAACGCUAGUACAUUCUAUCAUUUCCGUUUUUAAUUCCACAAGGGGGCAGUCUAAAAACAUCUAGGCAGACCAGAGGAGACGCAUUGCUGUCUGUAGUUAAAUCUAGGAAUAGAAAGUACAAAUUUGAGAGCUGUAAUUGAGCUGUGUUCUAAUAACACUGUCAUAACUGAACAGAUGUUUUAGAUGCUGGAGGAACACACAGUCUGCUCAGUCAACAGCUGGCAAGAUGUUACUUAGUGUACUUUUAUAAUAUGUUUUUUUAAAUCACUUUAAGUGCCUUUGUAAUUGUUCAUGUCAUACCUGUGCAUGUAAGUGUCUUUUGUGCCUUGUUGUGAGUGUUGUGCUUGUUGUGUUUCAAAAAUAUGUGGUUUGAGAUUUCAUGUUUUCCUGGCCCAGUUGUUUGAAAAUAGAUAAAGAUUGUUUUCUGUUAUUUAAUUGGAUGGGAAAAGGUUAGAGGUUGUAUUUAAAAACACUGCAGAAAUGGUUGCGCCAAGCAACAUGCGGUUUUGUGUCAUGGGGAAAGUGUAUUUGGUUUUGGUGGACUGCACUGACAGAAAUUUUAGCUAUAAAAUCCUUGUUCCCCAAACUAAGUUUGAAUGAUCUGGUAGGGAUAAUUUGUGUGUAAGGCCUACGGCAGGAUACAUUUUGUGAUGCCCAUAAGGAAAAUGGACUGCAAGCUUAUUGGGAUAUUCAUCAUCACUGUCCCAUAAGUGUCCUUUCAUGAGUAAAUAUGUAUAUGGGAAUCUGUGCAGUAUUGUUUUAACCUAAUCAACUUAAUAAUGAACUCAAUCCAAUUUAAUUCAUUUACAUAGCACUAUUGUCAACUCACAUUUUCCCAAAGUGCUUUAGAAAGCCCAGGGCUCAAACCCCAAGCACAUAGGUGACAGGACCAUGAAAGACUCCCUUUUAACCGGAAGAAACCUUGAGCAAAAGCCAGCUCGAAAGGGGGGACCCAUCGACCAGUUGUGCAUUACUCUAAUUUUAAAAAGGCAUAUCCAAUUUUAGUUUUCUUACCCUGACUCAAGGCUGGCUUAUCUGUAGCUCUUUAUUCUGAAAACUGUAAAGGCAGAGAAGAGAUUGUCAUUGAUGCUGUCGGAUUCUUCAUAAAGCUUUUUGUAUGUGACAGUGCAUUCUGUAUUGUGUCAGGUAUACUCAGUGAAGUCAUUUUUUUCAAUAAAUUCCUACAUUUUAAUAUUAA